GCGAUUGCCGCUGUCAAGGUCAUGCUUGGAUCGAGGCUCUCCACACUACUCCGCACCUCAUGUCUGCAGAUGCGGUGAAGAAUGACUCUUCUCCGCCUCGGCGAAUAGCUCCCAAUGAUGCGAUUACUGAAACAGUGGUCGAUCAAAAGGGCGGGAAUUGGAAAGGAUUCGUCGCUGGCGUGUUCAGUGGAAUCACAAAGUUGGCAGUCGGCCAUCCUUUUGAUACGAUCAAAGUACGACUACAAACUUCCACCCAUGACCAAUUCAAGGGACCAGUUGAUGCCCUGAUGCAGACACUGCGGAAAGAGGGCAUCAAUGGCAUCUACAAGGGCGCUACUCCGCCUCUUAUCGGCUGGAUGUGCAUGGAUUCGCUGAUGUUAGGCUCCCUAACACUCUAUCGACGGCUUUUGAAUGAGAAUGUUUUCCAGCCGUAUUUUGUCAAGCAGGCUCGUUUGUCCCAACGGAGUGUUGAUUUGGGGCAGAGUAAGCUACCCGCAUUCGGUCAUGGUAUCGCUGGAAUGGCAGCUGGAUGGACUGUGUCCUUCGUUGCGGCACCAGUCGAGCAUAUCAAAGCAAGACUGCAAGUGCAGUACCAGGCCGACAAAUCGAAGAGGCAGUAUGCUGGGCCGAUCGACUGUGCGAAGAAGAUAUAUGGCGGCCAUGGAGUGCGAGGACUGUACCACGGCUUGCUAGCGACGAUGAUAUUCCGCACGUCUUUCUUCUUCUGGUGGUCUACUUAUGAUAUAUUCUCGCGGCAAUUCGAGCAGCGUACUUCGAUGAGCACGCCUGCCAUUAAUUUCUGGGCCGGAGGACUCUCCGCACAAGUAUUCUGGAUAUUCUCAUACCCAUCUGAUGUCGUCAAGCAAAGGAUUAUGACGGAUCCGUUAGACCAGAGCCGGAGGUUCCCACGCUGGCGAGACGCAGCCGCAGCGAUAUACAGAGAGAGUGGAUUCCGAGGAUAUUGGCGCGGAUUCGUGCCGUGCUUUCUCCGAGCCUUUCCUGCCAAUGCGAUGGCAUUGGUGGCUUUUGAGGGCGUGAUGCGGACAUUGAACAAGCCUACGUGAAGUGAUAGACAACUACCCAAAAUUGCAAGUUGCAGCUUUAGCUCUGCGGGACAGCGCGAGAUUGUUGUGCGACAUUCAGGACUUCUUGCGUGCCGCUGCGGAUGCCUCGCUCGCUGUGCUGUGCUCGCAUGCGUAUUGAGAGCGAGUUGGAGGCAUUGAAUGUGACGACGGCGAGGACGACGACGACUCCUGCAUGGUGAGACGAUGUGAUGCAGCAGGAGAGAUGGUGCAGAUGGUGUGGCGGUGGUGGUGGUGGUGGUUGGUGGU